AUAGCAUGCAGGCUCUAUGUUACUGCUUGGUGCAUCUGGAAGAAAGGCCCGUUCUUCGUUGCGCUGUUUAAGCCGUUGGCAAUCGUCGUUGUUGUUGUCAUUGGUGUCAUAUUUAUGAAAGAAGCUCUCUAUCUUGGAAGCAGCAGCAGCAGCAAAAUUCUUGGGUUUAACGAAAGCAAAGCAUGUGAAUUGCCUCGAUCCAAGUGGUUUGAAUCUGAGAAUAGUUGAGGUGUGAUGGAGGCGAUAGCAAUGGUGGUGGUGCAGUUUGCGCAGGUCGGAUUCAUGUUAGCAGCGGAAGCUGCCAUAGCAAACGGGAUGACUACUUUCGCAUUCAUCUCCUACUCUAAUAUCUUUGCUGCUCUUAUUCUACUUCCACUUUGUUUCUCCAUUUACAGAUCCGCUCAUCCUCCGCUUCUCCUGGCUUUCUUGUGCGGCUUUUUCUUGCUGGGAUUCAUAGGAUUCACGGUGCAGAUAUUAGGGCUGUAUGGACUUAUAUUCAGCUCUGCAUCACUCUCUACUACGAUACUCAACCUCAUCCCGGGUUUCACCUUCGCCUUGGCCGUCAUUCUCAGGAUGGAGAAGUUCAACUACAGAACGUGUACUAGUCUGGCGAAAUCCAUGGGCACCCUGAUCUCGAUCGGGGGAGCCGUGGUGGCGACUCUGUACCAGGGGCCUUCCCUUCUGGGAUACUCGUCUUCCUCUUCCACUCGGCUUCUCGGGGGGCUGCUUCUGAGCUUGGACAGCGCGGCGGCCGCGGUGUUCAUCAUCGCGCAGGCGUUGGUGGUUAGGAAAUGCCCUGCUCUGCUCAUUAUCAUGCUCUUCUACAGCUGCUUCAUCGCGCUUGUAUCAGCGGGGGCGUCUUUGGUGCUGGAGAAAGACGUUAGCGGCUGGAGCAUUAACUCUAGGGCGACCUUGCUUCCUAUUGUAUUCUCGGGGCUAUUUGGGAAUGUAUUUCAAAUAAGUAUCAUCAUGUGGUGUGUGAGGAGAAAGGGACCUGUGUUUGUAUCCAUUUUCCAUCCGUUGGGAGUCAUCAUUUCCAUUGCGGCGGGCGUCGUCGUCUUGGGAGAGACCUUCUAUCUUGGAAGUUUGGUCGGGGCGGUGGUGGUGGUGGUGGGCUUCUACGCCGUCUUGUGGGGAAAAGCUAAAGAAGCAAAGACCAUUGACGACGGGAUCACCACGACGACGCCUCUGUUGCCGGAACGGGACGGACAACUAGCUUGAGAUUUGCAAAUUCGUAGCUCCAUUUUAUGUAUUUUACUCAACUCUAAGUGAUCGUUUGGUUCAAGUAGAGAAAUGGAAAGGGAAUGAAAUCAAAUAAAAGAUUGGAAUGGUAACAAUAACCAUUACUUUUA